AUGAGCUCCUACCAGCAGAAACAACCCCACCACCCACCACCCCAGCUUGAGCAACAGCAGGUGAAACAACCCUGCCAGCCUCCACCCCAAGAGCCAUCUUUUCCCAUCACCAAGGAUCCAGGCCAUACCAAAGUCCCACAACCCGGCCACCCCCAGUAUCCAGAACCAGGCCAUCCUACCCAUCCUGGCCAGGGUCACACCAAACAUCCUGAGCCAGUCCACCCUCAUCCUCAUCCUCACCCUCAUCCUGGUCACACCAAAGUGCCUCAGCCUGGCCAAAACAAGUUUCCAGAGCCAUGCGACCCCAAGUACCCGGAUCCAGGCCAUCCUACCUUUCCUGGACAGGGUCACACCAAGGUUCCUGAGCCAGUUCACCCUCAUCCUCAUCCUGGCCAAACCAAGGUGCCUCAGAUUGGCCAGACCAAGUUUCCAGAGCCGCAUCACCCUGGCCAUCCUACGUUCCCUGGGCAGGGUCACACCAAGGUUCCUGAGCCAGUCCACCCUCAUCCUCAUCCUGACCACACCAAGGUGCCUCAGCCUAGCCAAACCAAGCUUCCAGGGUCAAGCACUUCAACUGUUAUUCCUGAUGCAGGCCAUCUGAAGACCAAGCACCAGUAA